AGUCCUCGGUUCAGAAGCUGGCCGCGGAGCAACCAACAUUUGGCUCAGCCUUCCGUUGCCAUGCCGCCAAAGAAGAAAGUGGAGGAGGAGGUGGUUGGGCCAUGGAUGCUCGGGAGAUGGUCGCGAGCUCUGAAGGUCGGGCUGGUCGGCAUGCCGAAUGUCGGCAAGAGUACGCUCUACAAUACUCUGAGUAAGUCGCACCAUUCCAAGACUGCCAACGUGCCUUUUUGUACCAUCGACCCCACAGAGACCAGGGCCUUCGUGGAAGACGAUCGCUUUGACUGGCUCGUGGCCCAGCACAAGCCCAAGAGCGAGGUCAAGGCCUUUGUGACGGUGGUGGACAUUGCCGGGUUGAUCUCUGGCGCGCACCAGGGUGAGGGCCUGGGCAACGCUUUCCUCUCCCACAUCCAGUCCGUGGAUGGCAUUUGCCACGUGAUGCGAGCCUUCGAGGACGAUGAUGUGAUCCAUGCAGAGGAUACCGUCGAUCCGGUUCGCGACAUCAACACAAUUUGCAGCGAGCUGCGCUUGAAAGACAUCAGCUACAUGAAGGGCAAGGUGGAGCACCACAAGAAGGGCCACUCGGCGGCGCGGACCAAGUCCCCGGCGCACCUCAAGAAGUGGGAGGAGGAGCUGGAGACUAUGGACAAGAUCAUUGCCUGGCUGGAAGCCGGCAAGGACGUGAAGAACGGCAUGGACCAGUGGACUACGAAAGACAUCGAGUUCUUGAACGACUACGGCUUACUCACGGCGAAGCCUUGCAUGUAUGCCGUGAACAUGAACAAGAAGGAUUUCUGCAGGAGGAAGAACAAGUUCCUGAAGGCGAUCUUCGACUGGGUCAAGGAGAACUCCCCGGGGAGUGAGAUCAUCCCCUACUGCGGCUCCUACGAGGAGGAGCUGCAGGAUAUGGAGACGGACGCGGAAAGAGAAAAGCAGCUGCAAGAAGACAGCGUGACCAGCGCCAUGCCAAGGAUGAUCACCACCGCCUUCCACAUGGUGCACCUGAUCAACUUCUUCACUGCGGGCCCGGACGAGGUCAAAGCCUGGACCAUCCGCAAGGGCUUCAAGGCUCCGCAGGCGGCGGGUGUCAUCCACACCGAUUUUGAGAAAGGUUUCAUUAUGGCGGAGGUGAUGGCGUAUAGCGAUCUCAAGGAGCUUGGGAGUGAGGCAGCCGUGAAGGCAGGCGGAAAAUAUCGCCAAGAAGGCAAGAACUACGAGGUUCAGGACGGGGAUGUGAUUUUCUUCAAGUUCAACCUGGGCAAGGGCAAGUGAGCUUUUGAGCGGCGAGCUCAAGAGUAGCCUAUAUCUAGAUGGUUGCCUCGCGCUUUCCGAGAGGCAGCAAAGGCCCCGCGCUCUUCGAGAGCGAGUUGUGUACAGUUUUGAACAUGCCGCGCACGCAG